AUGGCGACAGCGGCGUCCCCUGGAUCUCCCGAAGCUCCAUCUCCUGAGGGGGGAAAGCCAAAGGGCGCUCCAAUUCCGAUGGUGGCUGCGGUGCAGAAGCUGCAACUUGGCGAGAAGGUGGCCGGCUGGGAGGUGGUGAAGAAGUUGGGCGAGGGCGGCUUCGGCGCCGUCUACAAGGUGAAACAUCCAUCGGGUCGUGAGAGUGCGAUGAAAAUCGAGGCGUGCUCGGCGACGAUUCGACCCAUGAAGAUGGAGGUGGUCGUCUUGCAGACCGCAAAAAAGGCGCGCGCGACCCACUUCUGCGAGCUGCUCGACGCCGGCAAAUGGGACACGUUCAACUUUUUGGUGAUGACGCUGGUCGGACCAUCGCUCCAUGUACGCGACUGUACAAAUUACGGUUCAUUCCGCCGCACUCCAAUUGCUGCGCUUUCAUUUAUGCGCUCAUGUUUGAUUUUCAUGGUG